GAUUUUCUUCCCUUGUUUCCAUGCCAUCAGGAGCAACUGCCUAUCUUAGCCACUGUGAUUGGAUACAGUCGGCUACAAGGGGUUUACGCAGCGCCUCUCUCCGCCUCAGGGUGGCGCUCUUGUCUCAGAGGGUCCUGGGGUUUGAAGGUUUUGAAGGCUGGGCUCUCUUUGGUUUUCUGGUGGAGUUUGUUUCCGGAUGUGUAAGCUAGCAUUAGGAGAAGAAUGGCUGCGAUGUUUACGUGUUGUUUAGGCUGCUGUGGAGAUGGCGGAACGGGGCACAUUCCCCUCAAAGAAAUGCCCACGGUUCAGUUAGAUACCCACCACAUGGGCACAGAUGUUGUCAUUGUGAAGAGCGGCAGGAGAAUAUGUGGCACCGGAGGCUGCCUGGCCAACGCUCCCCUCCACCAGAACAAAAGUUAUUUUGAGUUUAAGAUCCAGUCCACUGGUGUGUGGGGGAUCGGUGUGGCUACACAGAAGGUGAAUCUUAAUCAAGUGCCUAUGGGCAGGGACACGAACAGCCUCGUCUUGAGGCACGACGGGUCUGUGUACCAUAAUAAUGAAGAGAAGAAUCGUCUGCCUGCGAACAGCCUUCCUCAGGAGGGGGAUAUUGUGGGCAUCACAUAUGACCACGUCGAGUUGAAUUUGUAUCUGAAUGGAAAGAACAUGCAUUGUCCUGCCUCAGGGAUCCGAGGAACUGUCUACCCUGUAGUUUAUGUGGAUGACAGUGCCAUCUUAGACUGCCAGUUUAGUGACUUCUAUCACACAGCUCCACAAGGAUUUGAGAAAAUCCUCUUCGAACAACAAAUCUUCUAAAGGAGCACUCCAGCCUCAGCACCUCUUUACGCCGUCGUCCUCCUCCUGUAUCUACUCGCCACCUCUGUGACACUACAGUUUGACCCUGAUUGGAUAAUAUUAUUAUGUGUGGCUUGAUUGCCUCUUGUUUUGUUUUCCCCUGAUUACUCUGUCUCUGUGCUGCUGCUCAGGACUGAUGCUGGAGUACCCUUGAGGGGGGCAGGGAUCUCUGUUCCUGUCUGUGCUGAUGGAAAACUAUCAAAUCAUUACCUUGUAUCAGCAGUAAUCACCUUAUAUUAACCAAAUACUUUCAGUUGCUGCUUACUUUCCUCUAUCUGUGUGUAGAUGCCAGACAGUGGACGUGAUGGUAAAAUGUUCCCAUUUACCAAGACUAGAAGCCAUGAUUGACAUCGCUUUGUAAAUCUGUUUUUUAUUUGUAAUCUACUGACAUCCUAGCGUACACCUUUAUAUUUAUAUGUUUUAUUUAAGUCAGAAAUCAAGUAUUGUUCAUUUGGUGUAACAAAUCAUUUUGUUUUGGGACAGCCAGAGUUUGUGAAGUAAUAAAUAAACAGCUGUUAAUUCUUAUCUGACAGCAAUAUUCAACCCAUUUUUAAGCUGCCUUUAUUAAUUAGUAAAUCUAAAGUACAAUUAAAGAAAAAUUGCAACAAGUGUAAAUGUGAGCAGUCACAAACUCUGUUUAAAGUACCACCUCCUGUAAAGCAGUCCAGAUUUCAGGGGAUAACCAGCGUUUGAGGUUCGCGUUUAACAGGGAUGCUGAGGUUCUGUUUUACUAAAAGAAAAUGUAUAAUUGUUGAUUUGUACAUCACUUAUUUGGAUAGCCCUUUAAUUUUCCCACACUUUCCUUGUCCCAAAGCCUUAUCCAGUAUAUAUUUAUUCUAAAUAUCAGAAUAUCAUCACAGCUGGUGCUGGUUGUCUCUGAUUAGAGAUUGUUAAAAUGUCAAUCUGUUGUGUUGUAUUGGCAUUGCAUCACUGCUGCUGAAGUGUGAUGAUUAAAUAUUUCAAAAGCUUGUCUUUGUUUUUGCACUAACGAUGAAAUUGUACAAGAAAAUCCAAAUAUUGUUGAUUCAUUAAACUUUUGUGUCUGGAAGCAUA